AUGGCCUCUCUCUCUCAAUUCUUCUCUCACCUCUAUACCAUGACCGUAGUCUUCCUCAGUCUUAUACUCCUUGAAAUUGUAAUUCUAGUCCGGUCGGUCAUCGGAAUUACCUUAAAGUCCGAAAAACCAAUUAUUAGCACCACUCAGUACCUUAACUACAUAGAAGAGAAAAAUCCAACAAUUUCUUACAGUGAAAAAUUGAUGAGGCAGCAAGAUUCAAUGGAAUGUGCAGUAUGUUUGUCAGAAUUUUCGGAAGGCGAACGUGUUAGGAAAUUGAAAUGCAAGCAUACAUACCACAAAGAUUGCUUAGACAGAUGGUUACAACAAUGCUUGGCUACAUGCCCACUUUGCAGGGCUAAGGUUUUGCCAGAUGAGAUCGUAGCCAAGUAUGAUCGAAUGCAAAAUCAGAUAGAGUAUGAUGGGAGUGAUGAAGAGAUUCUUUUCUUGUUAUCUGCGCUAUACGGUAACAGUCUGCAAAGAAUUUUCUAG